AUGGUCCCUCGCAGCCAUUCCGUCCCCAACCCCAACUCCAAUCCCGACCUCGAACCCGAUACUAGGCCUCAUCGACCACCACGCGCCCUGUCUUCGAACAGUGCCAAACGAUCCUUCCGAUCCUACACCUCUUCUUUCGAAGCAGAUGAUGAGAGGUCGAGUUCUGGCGACAACGCGAGCAUGGGUCCUGAUAUAGGCGGAGGCGUCCGAGAUGGACCGUCGCAGUACGAGGGCGAGGAUACGCGGUUGACGAGUCGCAAGGAGCUGUCGGGCUGGUACGCCUAUGGAUUUGCGGCGGAGGUGUUUGUGAUCUGUGGAAUGGGCUCAUUCAUACCCAUCACCCUCGAACAGCUUGCCCGCGAGAAUGGAGUCCUUCUAUCCGAUCUUACGACGCCCUGCGCAUCGAGUUCCUCCCAUCCAACUCCCAAUCAUCCUGGUCAAAAUGCCGUCAAAGAUCUCGGGCAGUGUGUAGUCUUUGUGCUGGGAAUACAGAUCAACACGGCCAGUUUCGCCAUGUACACAUUUUCUCUGAGCGUGCUAUUUCAAGCUCUCCUGGUAGUCUCUAUAAGCUGUGCUGCAGAUCGCGGAAACUAUCGAAAACGGCUGCUUCUGUUCUUUGCUUUUGCUGGCUCAAUAGCAACGAUGCUCUUUCUACCGGUGGUUCCCAAGGUCUAUCUUUUGGCAGCACUCCUUGCAAUGAUCUCAAAUACAUGCUUCGGAGCAAGCUUCGUGCUCCUAAACUCCUUCCUACCCCUGCUGGUCAGGCAUCAUCCCAAAGCACAAUAUCAGACUCCAGAUUUUACGCCAGAGCUGCCGUCGACCGUACUAGAAGAUCAGCCGUCGGAAAGUCAACUAGACUCUGAGGACAAUCUAGAAAACUCAAAUGCAGCCCUCCUUUCUCCCUCGCCGGACUUGACGCGGCCCUUACCGCCAUCUAAAAACCUCACUCCUAUCGCGUUGCAGCUGUCUACACAAAUCUCAUCUACCGGAAUGGGAAUCGGCUAUAGCGCAGGACUAUUUUUGCAAUGCGUUUGCAUCGUGGUCAUCUUCUCACUAAAGAGCACGACUUUCUCCCUCCGUCUUGUCCUCUUCAUAGUAGGGGCAUGGUGGUUCAUCUUCACCAUCCCCGCCGCCCUGUGGCUACGUCCUCGCCCCGGCCCUCCCCUCCGCAGCGGUCCCAAUGGUGAAAACACGACCUGGCUCGCCUACGUAACACACGCCUGGAAAUCUCUCUGGCGAACCAUCAAGCUCGCCCGCCGCCUGAAGGACAUAACACUCUUCCUCGGCGCGUGGUUUUUGCUUUCAGACGCCAUUGCCACCGUCUCUGGUACUGCGGUCCUCUACGCAAAGACCCAACUGCACAUGGCUCCCGAAGCUCUUGGCCUCAUCAAUGUCAUCUCAACUACCGCCGGGGUGCUAGGCGCCUUCUCGUGGGCGUACAUCUCUCGCACCUUGAAUCUCCGACCCCAUCAAACAAUUCUAGUAUGCAUCUGCAUCUUUGAGAUUAUCCCUCUCUACGGCCUCCUAGGCUACCUCCCCUUCAUUCAAACGUGGGGCGUCAUCGGCCUCCAGAAACCUUGGGAAAUGUACCCCCUCGGUUUCGUCUACGGCUUCGUUCUGGGUGGACUGAGCUCCUACUGCCGAUCUCUGUUCGGGGAAUUGAUCCCCCCUGGCUCGGAAGCGGCGUUCUACGCGCUGUACGCCAUUACGGACAAGGGCUCUUCAGUGUUUGGGCCUGCGAUUGUAGGCGCGAUUGUUGAUCGCACGGGGGAGAUUAGACCGGCAUUUUGGUUCUUGGCCGCUCUGGUGGGCUUGCCGGCGCCCUUGAUUUAUUUCGUAGAUGUCGAGCGCGGGAAGCGGGAAGGUGAGAAGUUAGCAGAUGUGAUCGAUUCCGUCAAGAGCGUUGAGGAGAGUGGGACGCAGAGUCCGGCGGAGCAGCAGGGACUGUUGGCUAGUGAUGACCAGGCUAGAGUGGGGAGAUAG